AUGUCGCUUCCCAAACGCCUGGAGAAUAAGUUUUCUCCUGAAGAGAUCCAGUUUUUAGUCGAGAAUGAGCCAAUCAAGAUCAUGCCUCGUAUAACGACAAGGAAAAAUCGUCGUCAGGCAGCUAACACAGAUGUGAAGCCGGUAACAAACUGGAAACUUAUAACGACGGAUGACUAUAAUGUGAAUAACAUGGUGGCCUUGAAAAGUACCGAGGUGGUUCUAUGGCUCGCACUACUAUUGAAACAGCAAGGGAAAUGCAGUAUAGUGGCCCCUGCUUGGCUUACGCUGAAACAACUGGAUGGGUUCAUUGAUUUCGAAGUGCGCAAUCCAUUAAGAUUUGCAAGUCUACCUUGGAAUUGGCUUGUCGUGGCCCAUCUGCUAUUUCAACGGGCAGCGGAUGACUUUAGAGACCCUGUCCAUCUUCUCCGAGGAAAAAUACAGGACCUGCGUGAGAUCAGACAAAGUAAGAUUUCUAAAGGCUUGCAGCAUCUAAAUGAGUCCCAUCUACAACUGGAUAAUCUUUCGCUAACAGAGAUUAACGAACUGCGACCGUUUGUUACCGGUGUCAUGGACAAAAUGAUGGAGAUCCACGCGAGUGCCAACAACGACAACGCUGAGCCUGAAGAUUACGAGAUGUAG